UGAUAUACCACACUCGUGUCCAUCACAACUAAAAGUUUCUCCUCUCUCCUCUCUCUCACUCUUUCUCAUAAAAAAGUAAAACCUGCAACAAUUAUAAGCCCAAAAUCCCAUUUGACCAACAUGGACAAAGCCUAGUGGGUUUUUCUAUAUCUUUCAGUGCCUUCUUCCUCCUCUGUUUCUCACAAACCCAAAAGAUGAAGAGAGAUCACCGCGAAAGCUGUGCAACUGUAACUGCACGUCAAAACAAUUCCAAACCGGAAUACUCAUCACCCCCGUCUUCCGCCCUGAACGGCAAGGCCAAGAUUUGGGAAGAUGACCAAGAUGGGUACAGCGCAGGCGGCGACAUGGAUGAGCUGCUUGCCGUUUUGGGGUACAAGGUUCGGUCCGACGACAUGGCCGACGUGGCGGAGAAGCUCGAGCAGCUCGAAAUGGUCAUGGGGUCGGCUCAGGAAGAUGGGAUUUCUCAGCUCUCUGACACCGUCCACUACAACCCGUCGGAUCUCUCCGGGUGGGUCCAGAGCAUGCUCUCUGAGCUCAACACAGGCGACGAUAUGCCCUCAAUCGACGACCCUCUUCUCGUUCCGGCUCAGUCCUCGUCGAUAACCUCGAUGAGCUUCUCCAAUUCCCAGCGGAGUCGAGUUUUCAGCGACGAUUCUGAAUACGAUCUCAGGGCUAUUCCGGGCGUGGCGGCGUACCCGCCAGCUUAUUCGCCGUCGGAUACCGAGAGUACGAGAAAGCGAUUGAAGGCCUCAAUUGGGUCCGAUUCUAAUGGGUCUAGUUCCGGCGCUGUAUCCGAUCCGACUCGGCCUCGAGUCCUGGUUGACUCGCAAGAAACGGGCGUGCGGCUCGUCCACACACUCAUGGCCUGUGCAGAGGCUGUCCAGCAGGAAAAUUUGAAGCUUGCAGACGCGCUUGUGAAGCACGUGGGCCUACUCGCGGCUUCCCAAACCGGCGCUAUGAGAAAAGUCGCCACGUACUUCGCUGAAGCUCUGGCUCGUCGGAUUUACCGAAUUUACCCUCAGGAUUGCCUCGAUUCUUCGUACUCGGACAUCCUCGAGAUGCACUUUUACGAGACCUGCCCUUAUCUGAAAUUUGCUCACUUCACUGCCAACCAGGCAAUACUCGAGGCUUUUGCCACCGCGAGAAGAGUACACGUCAUCGAUUUCGGGCUUAAACAGGGGAUGCAGUGGCCAGCGCUCAUGCAGGCGCUGGCACUCAGGCCUGGUGGGCCACCUGCGUUUCGCCUGACGGGAAUUGGCCCGCCGCAGCCCGACAACACUGACGCCUUGCAGCAGGUAGGAUGGAAGUUGGCCCAACUGGCCGAAACUAUCGGGGUUGAGUUUGAAUUCCGAGGCUUCGUCGCCAAUAGCCUGGCGGACCUCACGCCGUCCAUGCUCGACAUCCGCCCGUCAGACGUCGAGGUUGUGGCGGUGAAUUCGGUUUUCGAGCUUCACCGCCUCUUGGCUCGACCCGGGGCGGUAGAUAAGGUGUUGUCAUCAAUCAAGGCCAUGAAGCCUAAGAUUGUGACAAUUGUGGAGCAGGAGGCGAACCAUAACGGGCCGGUUUUCCUGGACCGGUUCACGGAGGCAUUGCAUUAUUAUUCAAACUUGUUUGACUCGCUGGAGGGAUCAUCGGGGCCGAGUCAAGAUUUGGUCAUGUCCGAGGUGUAUUUGGGCAGGCAGAUCUGCAACGUGAUGGCAUGUGAAGGUGGGGACCGAGUUGAGCGACACGAGACGCUGAGUCAGUGGCGAGGCCGGAUGGACUCGGCCGGGUUCGACCCGGUCCACCUCGGCUCGAACGCGUUCAAGCAGGCUAGCAUGCUGCUGGCUCUUUUCGCCGGCGGAGAUGGGUAUCGGGUGGAGGAGAACAAUGGGUCUCUCAUGCUUGGGUGGCACACACGGCCGCUCAUAGCCACCUCGGCUUGGCAGCUGGCGAGCACAACCGAGUGAAUGUGUGAGUCAACUCAGUGUUCAGUAAGCUAGAGAACCGACUCUAAAGAACCUUUGGUGGUGGUGAUUGAUUGAUUGCACCACUGGGCACCCAAUGGGGUGCGACACUGUGACCAUGUGAGUUGUGACUUGUCAGUAGAGAGAGAGUGGGGACUACAGCCAAAAGUGAAACUGUAAAACCAAUCCAAUCCAAUCGAGUGGUGUAAUACUGUGCAGUUGUAAUUGCAAUGGUGGUUUUUUAUGCUUGACGUGGAAGAGCAACUUAUAUAGACCGGAACCACUGUUACAUGACAUUCCGAUUUAAUAGUGCAUUGUCAUUUAGAGGAAAACUUGAACAUGAUCAUGCAUUAUUGAAUAGGAAGGCUAUGUAGUGGUUGAUGAGGUUUAUGUAAGUCAUUUUCCUAAUGUCGCUCCUGGUCAGAUUUCUGCUCGUAUUUAAGUUUUCUAGGGUUUUUUUUUUUUUUUUUUUUUUUUUUUUUUUUUUUGUAGGCCCGUCUGCAUAAUUUCAAGUUGAAGAGUUCUUCCAACAAGGGGGAUCAAUGAAUCAUUGAGAGAAUGUGUAAUUAUCUUUCUUUCUUGAAUAAAAAUGAUGAGCAUUGAUUCUUGAA